ACGACUUCUCUUGUUUUUUACCUUUUUUUAUUUAUUCAUUUAUUAUUUCAGCAACUGACAGUUUGCGUGUAUCAGCAACUUGGUCUCCUUAUUAUUCCACGCGCUUUUCUUUUUCAUUUCCUUUCUCUUGUUUCUACGUUUUUUUCUUUAUUCUUACUUGCACCACGCUUUAAAGCAGUCAUCACCAUCUUGUUCCUCAUUCUGUUAUAGCCUCAUCUUUAACACAUCAUGAGAGAGUACAAACUCGUCGUUUUAGGAUCCGGAGGUGUCGGUAAAUCAGCCUUGACGGUGCAAUUUGUGCAAUCUAUCUUUGUGGAAAAAUAUGAUCCCACCAUUGAAGAUUCGUACCGCAAGCAAGUCAAAGUAGACGGACAGCAAUGUAUGCUCGAAAUUCUCGAUACCGCUGGAACCGAACAAUUCACGGCCAUGCGCGAUCUCUAUAUGAAGAAUGGACAAGGCUUCAUUUUGGUCUUUUCCAUCACCAGCAUGGUCACCUUGACCGAUUUGCACGAACUUAGAGAGCAAAUUUUACGGGUGAAAGAUACCGAUAACGUACCUAUGGUAUUGGUAGGUAACAAGUGCGAUUUGGAAGAUGAACGUAUGGUGUCAAGAGAGCAAGGCAUGAUGCUGUCACAGCAAUGGGGUGGGAAACCUUUCUACGAGACGUCGGCACGAUAUAAGAUCAACGUGGAUGAGGUUUUCUAUGAUGUGGUGCGACAAAUCAACCGACAGAUGUCGUCCAAAGACAAAACAAAGAAGAAAUUCAAAUGCCACAUCCUAUAAUACCCAUUUUUUCCUUUCCUGGAUUAUCAUUUGUGAAGCCACAUUGACCGUUUGAUACUUGGCCGAUCCAAUAUCUUUUUUUUUUUUUUUUUUUUUUUU